AUGCAUCAAGUUGUUCCGACUGAUAAUGAAGUCAUUCAGAUUUACAAGAAGAUUCCCAAGCCUGCUGUAAGAUCUAUGUCUCAAUCUAUGAUAGAUUCUUUGGCAGCUGCUGCUACUGGAUCUAAACACACAGGUGGAAAGCGAAAUGGGAAAGAAACUAACGAAGAUGAUGAGGCAAUAAUUACUGAAACUUGUAACGAAGAUGAUUUUGGACUUGAAGAUAAUGGUCAUUCACUUGAUGCGAAUCCUUCAGUGAUUACUUUAGUUCCUUAG